AUGUCUAGUCCGCAGUCAACUAUCAUCGAGGAACCCCCACCUUUGUCCGCUUCUGAGGUCGUCGAACCUAGGACGAAGAAGGGUUCUGCCUUCUGGUUGUCCUUCGUCGCAAUCACCGCCUCUACUUUCCUAAGUGCGCUUGAUCUCACCGCCGUCUCCACUGCACUCCCGACUAUAACCAAUGACCUCCACGGCGGAAACGACUUCUCUUGGGUCGGUUCCGCGUAUGCCCUCACCAGCACGGCCUUUCUCCCCUUGUCCGGUGGACUGGCGGAUAUCUUCGGUCGCAGACCUGUCAUGUUGAUUUCCAUCGCAGUUUUUUCCUUGGGCAGUGCGUUGUCGGGGGCUUCGCAGAGCAUGGCAAUGCUUAUUGGCGCGCGAGCCGUUCAGGGUAUCGGCGGUGGCGGGAUUCUCAACUUGACCGAGAUCAUCGUCUCCGACCUUGUACCUCUUGCCGAACGCGGAACGUACCAAGGCUUCAUUGGUUUAACCUGGGCUUUUGCUAGCGCCAUCGGUCCUCCAAUUGGAGGAGCUCUUGCCCAGAAGGCGUCAUGGAGGUGGAUCUUUUUCAUCAAUCUACCACUCACAGGAGUCUCUUUCACCCUCGUGGUCAUAUUCUUACGCGUCCGUACUCCGCAUGGAUCUAUCAAGCAGAAGCUGUCGCGUAUUGACUGGAUAGGCAACGUGAUUAUCAUGGCCGGCUCUACGCUCGUCGUCAUUGCUCUCACCUGGGGCGGUAUCGCCUACCCAUGGAACUCUGCUCGAGUCCUGGCGAUGUUGAUUAUUGGGCUCGCGCUCAUUGGCGUCUUCUUCGUGUAUGAAGCCAAAGUGCCUGCGAAACCUACCAUUCCAUGGGACGUUGUCAACAAUCGAACGAGCCUUGGCGGAUUUCUCAUGACAUUCUUCCACGGAAUCACUAGCAUCACUAUCAUCUACUAUCUGCCCGUGUUUUUCCAAGCGUGUCUCGGCGCAGAUCCUAUCCGUUCUGGAAUUGACAUGUUCCCGAGUGCACUAGUUAUCGCGCCAUUCGCCGUCAUCGCUGGCGUGGUGGUCGUAGUAACGAACACUUACCGUCCAAUCAACCUCGCAGGAUGGGUGUUCAGCGUCGUCGGAUUUGGUACAUUGUCACUGCUCAGGGCGACCAACAGCACCUCGCGUUGGGUCGGAUAUCAAAUCCUCGCUGCCGCGGGUACUGGGAUCCUGUUCUCAUCCACCGUUUUCCCAACGUUGGCGCCUCUGCCCGUCGAGCGGACAGCAGGCGCACUGGCGUUCUUCGCGUUCUGCCGCGCGUUCGCUCAGACCUGGGGCAUCGCCAUCGCUGGCACAAUCCUGCAGAACGAAUUGAAAAAGAAGUUACCGGCCGCCUUCGUUGCCCAAUUUCCACAGGGGUCCGAAAUCGCGUACGCCGCCAUCCCGCAGAUCGGCUCGCUUUCUGAACCGCUCCGGUCUGAGGUGCGCGCUGCCUUCGCAACAAGUAUGAGUGUUAUCUGGAAGACGAUGAUUGGCAUCGCGGGCCUGGGGCUUCUGUCAGUCUUCAUCCUCAAGGAGAUCCCCAUGAGACAGAGCACGGACGUCAAUUUCGGUCUAAACGAUAACAAGAAGCAGAUUACUGACGAGGAGAAGACAGCCGCGUCGUCGGAUGUGGCGACUGUCAACCGAGACGUAUAG